GUUGAUGCGAAUCUCAUCAGCAACAACAGCUUUUCUCAAUUUCCUUCCAUCUCUCAAGCUUCCAUCAACCAAUCAACAUUCAAUCCACUUUACGGCAAACAAAAUGCGUCUCUCCAUCACCCUCCCACUCGCCACUCUCUUCCUCGGCCUUGCCUCUGCUUGCACGCCUGGCGAGUACUCUUGCGGUGCCUAUCAAAACAAGGACACCGUCAUGCAGUGCGGCGUGGACGGUAUCCCGGUCCCCAUCAACACUUGUGGUGGUGGAUUGACUUGCAAGAAUGUUGACGGACGGGUGCUUUGCGCUGUUUGAAACGAAUUAUAUGGAAAAUGGGUACAUUCUGGGUGAAUAGGAAGGAACGUUCUGGAUGUUCUGGGCAUAUUUGGAUGUGUGUGCAGCACCUUUAUGAAAUUUAAAAUUGGCAAAGACCC